AAACAAGCCCAACCGAUGGUCAUCAUGAGCGGGGGCGUCAAGAUGAGGUCCACCCUUCGGCCCCCUGCCUCAUCGGGAAUCCCGCUCCCACGCUCGCCCUUACCUGCCUCCCAAAAAGCGGACAGGCACCAAAGGACGCAGACUUCCAAAUGCACACCCACACACACACCCACGCAGUCUCCAUUACUUUGCCCUCGGAGCUCCGGCUUACCUAAAUCAUCCCAUCGGGACGUGCCAACAUAUGGGGGCCUGCAGCUUCCAUCCGUCCACCAGCCAGGUCUACGUGCUCGCCAGACCUCUUCUUCAACCUACAAUAGUCCAUUGACUCAGCUCCGAGUGCCUCCGCCACACUCCAAAGAAGCUCUGGACCUGGAAAAGCCCACACAGAAUGAUGCAGAUUUUUCACUUGAUGGGAACUGUAAUAGAAAUCUUUGCACAAAUACAAACCAAACUUUGCUUCAGUUCAGGAGGGGAGAGCAUUCCACUUCCAGGGUGAUUCAUGAUGUCGUGCCAGGCAGGGCGGAGGUGGCUCCAAAAAUCCACCCUACCCAGUCUUCUAUCCCCAACAACGGUAACGUCUACCAACCUCGCCCUCAAAUUAGCCAUCAGGAAGCCAUUAGCGCUCUCAGCGACGGCGCCACCCAAUCGGACGAGGAGAUGGGGACACCGGAGGAUUCAAGUCCACCGUCCUCUUCCAGUCUUCCGAUGCUGCCGCCGGGCAUGCUCGCCAUGUCUGUGAUGUGCCGGCCACCUUUAGAGAUGCCCCAUCAAGGCCCGCAAACGGAGCCUGCUCCAGUGGAGACGCAAGCUCCACGAGUCAACAUGGCGGCGGUUGCUCCCUUCAGCUUCAGGCUGCAGGUGCAAGACGGCGAUUUGUCAUUGGAUGAAGUGAGCGACUGUUCGUCUGGAUCUAUAGAAAUCUGCUGUGAUGACCUGACACCAGGAGGGAUGCUGGAGGCUAAUGUGGCUAAUAUUAGCAUGACAGCAAAGCCAAGAGAGCUGGACCUAAGGACUUCAGGCAAGGAUUCUUCAUCCCAGUCCAUGGCCUCAAGGAAGCCCCCGGUCAAGCCAUCUGCUCUACCCCAGGGACCUCCACGUCCCUCCAGAUCAGAGCUGAAAGUCUACCGGCCAACUACUGGAUCCAUCCCCAUUCCUGUCUCAAAUCCGUCCAAUCUACGAAAGCAGCGAUCACUUAGUAACUUGAUUGUGCUCACUGAUUCUGAGAAAAAGCUGCACCUGUACCAGACUCCCAGGUGGCAUGAUGAUGCAGGCCAGCCUGGUGCUGGCACCAACAAAGGAGUGCAAACCAAGACGGGUCAGGCUGCAAGUGGAAAAACAUCACUUUCCAGAACACUUUCAAUGUCAGAACAGUCCCUCUUCCAAGGCAAGCCCAAAUCAUUCAAUUCCCAAGGGGUGACCUCAAAUUUGGGAAAGGUGAGCCGAAUCCCAGCCCCUGGAAAACCACGGGGACCUUUUGCCGAGGUCAAGCCAAUUAGUAAGACCUCUGAUGCACACCAGAGUCCAGGACCAGACUUGGACGAUCCGCCAGUUAAGGCUAAUGGAGCUGGCGGGACUGGGGAUAAUGACACAAAACUUGGGGACAAGGGAAAAUCUGAGAAGGGGGUAGAAGGACAAGACGAUAAGGCUUUUUUAAAGGUGGACCCUGAAUUAGUGGUGACAGUUUUGGGGGACUUGGAGCAGCUGCUGUUCAGCCAAAUGCUUGACUCAGAAUCCCAGAGGAAGAAGACGGUGCAAAAUGUUUUGGACCUGCGGCAGAACCUGGAGGAAACCAUGACCAGCCUGAGAGGGGUGCAGCUGAACCACAGCUGUUUGGCGGGGACCGUGUGCUACGACAGUGAUGAAGCUGCUGCGUUUUCCAUUUCCAGUCAAUCCAAUCGCUCCUCGCCACUGUCGUGGCGCCACGGUCAAGCGAGCCCACGUCUCCAGGCGGGCGAUGCGCCGUCCGCGGUCAACAGCCAGUCGGACCUCGCCCUCCGGAUCAGUCACGCCUCUCGCAUCCACCUGAUCGAAGAGCUGAACGACGCGGAUCCAUCCCUGCUGAAAGCGGAUUAUCUGAGCGACAGUGACCUCGGUGGGAAAAGUGGCAAUGAGGAGGAUGAAGACGAUGUGGACAUUGAUGAUCUGAGGAACGGCUGGGAUGAGAGCAGCUCCAUUAGCAGCGGCCUGAGUGACGGCUCGGACAACCUGAGUUCCGAGGAGUUCAUCACAAGCCCCACCCUCAACUCGCUCCCUUCCACCCCCAUUGGCUCCCGCAGGAACUCAGCCGUUGUGAUGCGCACAGAUGCGGAGAAAAGAUCACUGGUGGAAAGUGGACUCUCGUGGGACAGCGACAAUACCAAAGCCGGCCGCAAGAGUCUGGGCAGCGGCACCUAUGACACGGGAAGCCUCAAGUCCGAAUCGGCCAAUAAGUGGAAAAAAGCGAGGCCUCAGGUGGAAGGUCACGAAGGUGCAAAGGGCGAACUGAAGAAACCGCAAAGCCUGGGCCACGGGAAUGCGUUCAAGAAGGGUAGAAACCCACCAGUGGCAGUCACCUCCCCGAUCACGCACACGCCUCAGAGUGGCCUGAAGGUGGCAGGUACAGUGAAGACGGACGGGAAGCCGUCAGAUAAAUCCCGAUUAGCGGUGAAAAACUCCAGUCUUCAACGCUCUUCUUCUGAUGCCGGGAAAGAUCAGCAUCAGCGGAAUGGGAACGCUUCUUGCGAGCAACGUAAACCUCCAUCAGGUCUUGCCAGGCCAUCGACCGGAGGCAACUUUGGUUUCAAAAAGCCCACGUCCGGUAACAGCGCUUCAGCCACCAUGAGUGCAGGUGGUAACAUUCCCAAGACAUCUGGUAUUCCUGUCAAACCAGCUGCAGGUGGACGGAAGACGAGUCUGGAUGUCUCGAACAGUGAUCAGAGUGGCUUUUUGUCUCCGACUGCCAGAACGUCCCUCCAGUACCGCUCUUUGCCCCGCCCAGCCAAGACAAGUACCUUGACUCUAACCCGGCCGAGCUCAGCACGCCCGGUGAGCAGCACGACGGACGCAGGUUUCGGGCUGAACAAGCCCUCCUCUACGGCCCUCCCGGGCCCGAGGCUGAAAGAGCAGGCCGGAUUCGGUUUUGGAGCGGGCGGGUUGAGUAAAACGUCCGGUCGGGCGAUCCCGAGUCCUGUCAAUCAAACAGACAGAGAGAAGGAGAAGGAACGAGCCAAAGCUAAAGCCGUCGUGUCGGACUCCGAGUGCGGAGCUGGUUCUUCGAAGGGGACUCGAACACAAAGUGCUUCAGAGAGCGGAGGAAGGCUGCAGGGGCUGAGACCCCCCGGCGGCAACAAAGGCACAGAUCUACCCUCAUCCUCCGCUCACAGGUUGUCCGGAUCACGCAGCCUGACGAAGCCUCCGUCCGCUUCCCAUCUUGACAAGCUGAACUCCAACAACCUGGAGGUCAUUGGCGCUCAGGGUUCUUUGCCUCCCAAGGUUCCUCCUUACUCAAAGCUUCAAGAACCGGCCAGCUCCACCAGCUCCUGCCUCACGCCUAGCCCCACCCCUUCGCUCAACGUCAACUCUUCAGCCUGCUUCUCAGGCUCGGGGAUUGGCUUGGGGCCUCGGCAAGUUACUUCUCUCGGGGUGAAGGGGAGCACCGGGAGCACCUCUCCGCUGCUCUACCCUCGAGUGUCUGGGCUGCAUCGCAGCAUGGAGUCCCUGCCUUUCCAGAUGAGCGUGGCAUCAGAGCUGCAGCACAGAGGCCGCGAGAAGUUCACCAGAGGCUGCAGCUCCAUUGAGCCCGGAGACAAAGAUGGACUUGAAAACAGAGCCCAUCACGCUAGCUGGAGCUCGGGAAGUGAAGCAUCCAUGACCGAGAUAGACAAUUCUCAGAAGGACAGAAACACUCUGCCAAAGAAAGGAUUAAGUUUCAGCAGUGCCUCCCACGUUGAUUUUGAUGGAAAAGAGAAAGGAGAGCGCAGACACUCUCAUAUGAUUCUGAGCAUGGCCGACUCACAAACUCUUCCGAUGCUGUCGUCCUCGCCCACGUCGUUGUCCCGCUCCUCCAUCAACAGCACAGUGCCGAGUCCACUAAGUGGACCUCCUAGGAUGACCCGAUCCAACAGCAUCCCGACCCAAGACGCCUCCAUCGAGCUGUACGCGGCGUCCCCGCUCGGAAGCACAUUAUCGCUGGCCGAACGCCCCCGCAGUUUAGCAAUGGUUCGUUCUGGCUCCUUCAGGGACAAGGACAUGCAUGAUGAAGUUCAUGGGUCUGUCAUCUCCCUGGCGUCCAACGGCUCGUCCAGCUACUCGUCGGUGAGUGGGAAUGCCAUUCAGUCACAGCAAAUCCGGAAGUUGAGGAGAGAGUUGGAGUCUUCCCAGGAAAAGGUGUCCAACCUGACCACACAGCUGUCCGCAAACGCGAAUCUGGUGGCUGCCUUUGAGCAAAGUCUUGCCCUGAUGACCACCCGACUGCAGAGUCUGUCGUUAAGCCACGAACAGAAGGACACAGAACUGAUGGAGUUGCGGGAGACCAUCGAGGCCCUGAAGGCCAAAAAUGAUGAAGCGCAGGCCGUCAUACAUGGAGCCUUAAACCAUCCAGACAGCGAGAAAGACUUGCACAUUCGUCGACAGAACUCGUGCGAAAGCCUCUCCAGCCUCAACAGUUUGACCAGUUUGUCAAGCGUUGGCAGCUUGAAGGACCACGAUGCCAAGAAGAAGAAGAAAAAGAGCUGGCUGAGAAGCUCCUUCAACAAGGCCUUCAGCAUCAAGAAAGGCACCAAAACCUGCUCGGACAUCGAAGAAAUCGUCACUCCCGACUCCUCAGCUCCAAACUCCCCCAAGAUGCUGCACGAAGGGGUGGAUGUAGGAGAGAACCUGUCUUUGUCCCUCAAAACUUCCACGUCUGACAUCUCUUCUAAGAUUUUGGGGAUAACGGAGGAGGAAGAAGGCGACGAGAGAGCGGUGUCAGAGCUUCGUUCAGAACUCUGGGAGAAAGAGAGAGAGCUGACAGACAUCCGGUUGGAGGCUUUAAACUCGGCACAUCAACUGGAACAGCUCAGAGACGCCAUGGACAGCAUGGAGUCAACCGUGGAGAGCCUGAAGGCGGAGAACGACCAUCUGAAAAUCGGAAGUCAGUAUCACGGAGGGGCUUCUGGUCCCACCUCGUCCACCUCGCAGCCUUCAGGCCUGGCCUCCUUCUCGGGACCAUCGCUGAGGCAGCCCGUGUCCCUCAGCAAGUCCUUCACCCUCAGUCUGCAUGACUGCAAAGGUCCAGAAGUGUCUCCAAGCAACAUGUUCAGUGUUUCGUCUCAGCUGGAGGAGGCGUGCGCACAAGUGCUGGUUUGCUUCACCGAUCAAACGGAGGAGCACAAACAGCUGCAAGAGCAUUACCUGGGCUCCGUGAUGAUUGGCGAGAGGACCGAAUGGGCGUAUCUGGACUCCAUGAUUGCCAAGACAUUCAGAGAGUACCUGGCUCAGGUGGACCCGACAGCCAGUUUGGGGCUGAACUGUGAUUCGCUACACAUGUACGAGCUGACCCAGGGAGCGCUGAGGGUUAUAGGAGGAGACAAACCUCACGUGUCACCAUAUCGAAGUCUGAGCGGCAGUCGGCCUCAGAUCUUUGUCACCUUGAAAGGUCUCGGCGAACAAAGUGUGGACGCUUUGGUAUUCGAGACCCUCAUUCCCAAGCCCAUGAUGCUGCACUACAUCAGCCUGCUGCUAAAGCACAGGCGCCUGGUCCUCGCCGGGCCCAGCGGCACAGGGAAGACCUACUUGGCUCAGCGGCUGGCCCGCUACCUCCUGCAGCGCAGCCGUAAUGACUCGCCCGGGGCAGACGGCGAGCCCGGCCUCGUGGGCCGCGGCGCCGCCGUCUCCUUCAACAUGCAUCAACAGACACAAGAGGAGCUGCAGUCCUAUCUGUCCAACCUAGCCAAUCAGAUUGAGCGGCAGAGCGCGGGCGAGCUCCCGCUGGUCGUGAUCAUCGACGACAUCGGCGACGCCGCCGCUGUCACCGAGCUCGUCAACGGGGCGCUCACCUGCAAGUACCAUAAAUGUCCUUACGUCAUCGGAACCACCAAUCAGCCGGUGAAGAUGUCGUCCAACCACGGGCUGCACCUCAGCUUCAGGAUGGUUCCAUUCUCUAAUAACGUGGAGCCCGUCAACGGCUUUCUGCCUCGGUACCUCCACCGGAAAGUUGUGGAAGCUUCCCAGAAGAUAGAGCACGACGCGUCGCAGCACCAGGACCUCCUUUGCGUUCUGGACUGGGUCCCGCAGCUCUGGUACCACCUCCACACGUUCUUGGAGAAACACAGCACAUCGGAUUUCCUAAUUGGCCCCUGCUUCUUCUUGUCGUGUCCCGUGUCGGUGGUCGAAUUCCGAAAGUGGUUCAUUGACCUGUGGAACCACUCCAUCAUACCGUACCUGCAGGAGGGAGCCAAGGAUGGCAUCAAGGUUCACGGUCACAAGGCGGUGUGGGAGGAUCCCGUUGAUUGGGUGAGGGGGACCCUCCCUUGGCCCGGCGCGCAGCAGGACCAAUCCAAACUCUAUCACCUACCUCCCCCGACCAUUGGUCCACACAGUGAGGAGAAAAAGCCCGCCAUAGACGCUCCACCGCCCAGCACGCUGGAGUCCGAUCCCCUGAUGAUCAUGCUGCUGAAGCUGCAGGAGUCGGCAAACAGCGCCGAGUCGCCGGAGCGGGAUAGCGGCCUGAGUCCACUCUGAGGACUGGGCGUUCUGACAAUUGGGUCCCACAAGCAUGAAGAGCAGUCCAGACCCACAUAUUUGUCCCCCUUCUGGACCUAUGGAUGCUUGCAUCCUUCUUUCGAUCACAAAAUUGCACUUUAUUUCCAAUGUGUGACAACUGGACUUCAGGAGGAGACGUGAACGUGUUCGAGGAGAAUCUUGCAGUUAAACAGUAUUGCCGCUAGAUGGCAGCACCUCAAUGUUUCUGGCAUACACUCCACAGUGUAACUAAGAAAUGAAAGAAACGUGGCUCGUUUUCGGUGGUUAGUAGAUCGCCCUGAACCAGGAUUGUAAGUGCACAGAAGAGUCAAAAAAAUAACAAGUGCUUGUUUAUUUAAUCUGAUAAAACAGACAAUUCCUGUUGCUGUUUUAAACCUUUUUUUUGUGCGCGAUAGAUGAGGAUGCAUCUUUUGUAACAUUUUGUACCGACUCAUCUUCAGUAAUAAUCAGCCACGUGCAGCGACUGCAUCGGUCUGAAAACCAAACCAGUGCUUCCGUCCUUGCUGCUUCUUUCAAUAAAAAAAAAAAAAAUUGCAAACUCCACGUCAAUUAUUAUAAUAUUCCUUUGCAAACUGGAACGGUGUCCUUUGCCUUUCAUAUGCCAAGCACGAGAGAGAGCUCAGCUCUCGAGUGUUUCUGUGACACGUAGGAGGACGAAACAGCGAGCGGGCCCUCAAACCUCUCGAUGUUUCUGCACAUUUUCCGUCUACAUGUUCUACUUUCCAGCCAAGGUGCUGAUGUAAAGUAAAGACGUGAUGCCUACAUCUGUCUGUGCCUGAAAGACCGGAUUGGCCUAAAGCUGCCUUUGAGCUGUUUGAAUACACCACUCGGAGGCCUCCUGCAUUUUAUGGAAGUUCAUCACUUUGGCUCACGGCUCGAAGCGUGCUGAUGGUUUGGACCUUCGCCUGGUAGUCAGGUGGAAAGGACAGUUUGCAAGACAAGUGGGCGCUGUGUGAUUUCAUGGGUGUGUGCGUGUGGACGUUGACUGGAGUCGUUUGAGAAUCUGAGGGACGAAAUUGUGAUUUAUCUUCCUCCCCGUGUUUCCCAAAGCUUUUAUUUUGAUUGGACCUAUCAUGUUUAUAAAAUAAUAAUUAAAAAAUGGACAGCUCCCUCUUUUCACCUUGUUUCUAUGACAUUUUCUUAUGCAAAUAUUUGUAAAGAUUUAUUUGUCUUUUGUACAUGACAUGGCUGUUGUAAACACUGUAAAUACAGAGCGCAUCUGUGACGGGAAUCCUGAAAAAGAGCGGAAAUGUUAAGAAAAGACAGCAGACAGCGAGAGCGCUUGAUUUUUAAGGAGGGUGAAGUGUUUUUUUACGGCAUGUUUCUGUAACUGCAUCAUGUCUAACAUUGAGCUCUGGACACAAUAAAGUAUUGCCAA